AUGAAUUCGUACUUCGGCUGCCCGCCGCUGCCCUGCCGCUUGAUCCCCAGCUCAGGUGCGGGCUCAGCGGCUUUCGAGUCGGUGCGGGACCCGCCCGCCCACGGAGGCCGCGUGUCUCAGAGCCCGAUUUACCCGGGCGCUUACUACCCGCCCGCCGCCGCCUCCGCCGCCGCCGCCGCCGCCGCCGCUUUCCGACUCCGCUUCGAGUACGAGGCCAGCGCUUUCUACCGGAGCAAGGACCUGCCCACCGGCGAAUGUAGGCAGGGCGGGCAGACCGGCGGCGGCGGCGGCGGCGGCGGAGGCGGCGGCGGAGGCGGCGAGCAGCUGGUUGUCCACGGUUGUCACAGCCGGAGAGAGCUGGGGGAACCCGAGGGCAGCUUCCCGGUGUACCCCUGGAUGCAGCGAGCCAAUUCUCACAACGGAGUGGGACUUGGACCGGACCGUCGGAGAGGUCGGCAGAUUUACUCCCGGUACCAGAUUCUGGAGCUGGAGAAGGAGUUCCACUUCAACCGGUACCUGGCCAGGCGCCGCCGGGUGGAGAUUGCCGGUGCGCUGGGCCUGAGUGAGCAGCAGAUCAAGAUCUGGUUCCAGAACCGGCGGAUGAAAUGGAAAAAGGAGGUGAGCCUUGCCAGCGUGUCAGCUGCCGAUGGACAGGGAGACCAGGAGAAAUAACCCAAGCCAAGGGAGCAGACAAGGACAACUACAUCAAGACAUCUUUCUUUGAGUGAAGAAAAUAAAUGCAUUAGUAUACCCCCACCCCUA